GACUUAUUUAACCAUGGUUAAAUCCAACCCUUCUUCUCAACACCAAUAAAAUCCUUAUCCUCUCUUGUAUCUGUCUUUCACUUCACCUUCUCUCUCUUUAACUCCCCCAUACGCUGCUCGCUGUCAGCUUCGUUAAUGGCGUUUCAGAUAUAAAAACGAACUCUAAAGCAUAACAAAACGCAAAUCUGCGCUAAAACGAAGAGAAAAAAGGGAAAAUAAUUAAUCUUUUCUAUUAAAAGGCUUCAUUUUUGCUAGUGUAUUUUUUUCCUUUCGGUUUUUAAUUAAUGCAGAAGAAAAUGGCGUAUUCGUUCCCGGAUGAGGUGCUGGAACACGUGUUCUCGUUCAUAAAAUCACAUAAAGACCGAAACGCGGUAUCGUUGGUGUGUAAAUCGUGGUACGAGAUCGAAAGUUGGUGUCGGAGGAAGAUAUUUGUCGGCAACUGUUACGCUGUGAGCCCUAGGAUGGUGAUCAAACGGUUUCCGGAAGUUAGAUCCGUUGAGGUGAAAGGGAAACCGCACUUCGCGGACUUCAAUCUGGUACCAGACGGUUGGGGUGGUAACAUCCUGCCGUGGAUCAAGGAGAUGGCCGGCGCCUAUCCUUGGCUCGAAGAGAUUCGGCUUAAACGGAUGGUCGUUACGGAUGAAAGCUUGGAGCUUAUUGCUAAGUCGUUUAAGAAUUUCAAAGUGUUGGUGCUUUCUUCUUGUGAAGGGUUUUCAACUGAUGGACUCGCUGCCAUUGCUGCUAGUUGCAAGAAUCUGAAGGAGCUGGACUUGAGAGAAAGUGAAGUGGAUGAUUUGAGUGGGCAUUGGCUCAUCCAUUUCCCUGAGACAUACACAUCCCUGGUGUCUCUUAACAUUUCUUGCUUAGGAUCUGAUGAAGUUAGUUUCUCAGCCUUGGAGCGUCUGGUGGGUAGAUGUCCUAACCUUAGGACUCUUCGGCUCAAUCGUGCAGUGCCCCUUGAUAAGAUUGCCAGCAUAUUACAUCGUGCACCACAGCUGGUUGAAUUUGGCACAGGUGCCUAUGCGGCUGAGCUACGGCCAGAUGUCUUCUCAAACUUGGCUGGAGCUUUUUCUAAUUGCAAGGAACUAAGGAGCUUGUCUGGGUUUUGGGAUGUGGUCCCAGCUUACCUUCCGGCUAUUUACUCUGUCUGCUCUAGAUUAACGACACUGAACUUGAGUUAUGCUACCAUACAAAGUCGUGAUCUAAUCAAGCUUGUAAGCCACUGUCCAAGUUUGCAGCGCCUAUUGGUACUUGAUUAUAUUGAAGACAGUGGCCUUGAAGCACUUGCAUCUAGUUGCAAGGACCUACAGGAAUUACGGGUGUUUCCAUCCGACCCAUUUGGUGUAGAACCAAAUGUAUCCUUGACAGAACAGGGCCUUGUUGCCGUUUCUUUGGGCUGUCCUAAGCUACAAUCAGUUUUGUACUUUUGCCGCAGAAUGUCUAAUGUGGCGUUAGUCACAAUUGCCCAGAACCGUCCAAACUUGACCCAUUUUCGUCUUUGUAUAAUUGAGCCAAAAACAGCUGAUUACCUGACCCUUGAGUCACUUGAUGUUGGUUUUGGAGCCAUUGUUGAGCAUUGCAAGGAUCUUAGGCGGCUUUCCCUCUCUGGUCUUCUUACAGAUCGUGUGUUUGAAUAUAUUGGGACAUAUGCAAAAAAGCUAGAGAUGCUGUCUGUGGCUUUUGCAGGAGAUAGUGAUUUGGGACUUCAUCACGUGCUUUCUGGGUGUGAAAGCCUCCGGAAACUAGAGAUUAGGGACUGUCCUUUUGGGGACAAGGCUCUUUUGGCCAAUGCUGGAAAGCUGGAGACAAUGCGAUCCCUUUGGAUGUCUUCUUGCUCUGUGAGUUUUGGAGCAUGUAAGCUGCUAGGUCAGAAGAUGCCCAGGUUGAAUGUUGAAGUUAUAGAUGAGAGGGCACCUCCAGAUUCAAGACCAGAACGCUGCCCAGUUGAGAAGCUCUAUAUAUAUAGGUCUGUUGCAGGGCCAAGGUUUGACAUGCCUCCUUUUGUUUGGAUGAAGGAUGAAGAUUCUGCACUGGGGCUUUCUUGAGAGAUCUGUGAAUUUAGGCAAAGUAUUAAAAGCUUAUUUGAUCUCAAGAAUGGAUGUAUCAGGUACAUACUCCUUAUGUUACUCAUUGUUCCCAGUUUAAUUUUAUAUAGCUUAAUAUAAUUGCAGACCUGAUUGGAGUGGGAACAUAAUAUGGAGGGUAUACAAGGCUUGAGAGCUGGAUUUGGAUUCAUUUUUCUCUUGGCCGAGUCAUCCGACUCCAAGUAAUGACUAAUAAAGAGAUGAAAACCCCAGUUGUUGUGUAUUAAUGAGAGUUCUUAUUUUCCCCCAUAGUUACCAUGUAUACUAUAUGCAGACUUUUGGAUGUUAAUGCAUUUGUAUCACCUUGUCGGUGGUGGUAAUUAUCCCGUGGACUUAAUUCUGUUGUUGUUAGCCUUUUGGGGUAAUAAAAUUUCAAGUGUUAGUCGCAUCUAUUUUAUGAUGAUGUUCAUACUAUUAGUAGCCUUCCGCUACUCUUAGGUUUUUGAAAUCCCAUCCUGUUGAAAUUUGCAUUUACUUAGUUUUAAAUUUGUUAUAACACAUCAUUUGCAGAUGAAUAUUGCAUGUAGUAAUCUAGAAUUUGUGGCAUUAGCUAGCGAUUAUCAUUUACCAGUCAUCUUAUCCUGUCAAAGUUUUAAUGACUAGAAUUGGUUCUGAACCCAUACUUGUGUCUGUGGCCAUUAAUGAAAAGAUCUUCGACUCAUUUGAGCAUGAGCAUUCGUCUGCCACCGAGGCAUCUAGAGCAUGUUUCUUCGAUUUAUCAUUUUAUCGCUCGGAUUAAAAGAAGCAGAGAGAAAAUGAGAGCGGGUGACCGCCUAUGAGACUUAUUCUAAAGUUGAUGUUAGUAGUUUAUUGCCGCUGGUCUUCGAAUUUUCUCAUGUUGUCCUGCAAAUGUGGAGAAUCCAACUCUAAUAUGAUCCAUUACCAAGGUUUUUGGACAAGCUCCAUGGUUGAGCUCUAUCUACGUGGCACCUAGUUAGGCAACGUUAGCUUUGCACUUUGGGAUGAAUCUGUGUCGCACUCACGUCGUUCAACAACCAAGAUUUUGUCUGCAUUAGCUGAAAGUAGGGAUGCGGGGGGGCUUGAAUCGAAAAUAUUUGGAACUUUGAUUGAUGACCCUUCCACCACGUUUUUCUCAUGUUUUGUGAGAACACAUGCGAAGCUAUCGUCGAAGUUUCCAUGAGAUUGAAUUCAAUAAAAAAGGAAAGCUGUCUUUUUCUGCUAAAAAAUGACUCCUUUUGCUACCCAUUGUUUCAGAAAUCCGGGUUUGCCUUAGGAAAGAGUAGACUACAACAACCAGGAAGACUUUUUAAAGGAUAUAUGUUGUAAGGAGCAAACUUUUUUGAAAGGUAUAAAUACACGUUUUCGUCUU